AUGCUCUCCGAACCCCAUGGGAAUGCUAAAUUGUCCUCCGUUCCAGGUGAAAAGUCACCGAUAACGUCGGAAAAGGCCUCGAAGAUGCCGUGGAACCUGUCCACCGAUACGUCCUCCGAGGCAACCGCUCGUCCGCCGUUGACUUCGCAACAAUCGAACUCCCUCCCCUCGACGCCGUAUCAGCAUGCGCGAAACCUCUCCUUUCACUCCCGGUCGCCUUCCCCGCAGCAUGGGAGCACCUCCCCUCGGUCCACGCACUCGGAGACGACGCACAUCCCGCCCUCCCUGCGGAAACCGUUCUCGGGUUGCAAAUAUGAAACCGCCAUGGCCUUUUUUCGACGUCGAAUGCCCUACUCGCUGGGCGCCGACUUGCUGCCUGAAGAGAAGGAGGGACUCAAGGAACGCUUAGAUCCGGAAGAGGAGGAGAAGCUGAGUGCAGAUAUGCUGGAGGUGUACGAUCGGUUAUUGCCGUCGGCGGAGAGUGACGAUCGGCGACGUCAGCUUGUUCGCAAGUUAGAGAAACUUUUCAAUGAUCAAUGGCCAGGGCGUGACAUCAAAGUGAAUGUCUUUGGGUCGUCAGGGAAUAAGCUCUGCUCGAGUGACUCGGAUGUGGACAUCUGUAUAACGACAACAGAUAAAGAGUUGGAACACGUCUGCCUGCUGGCAGAGGUGCUUGCGCGACAUGGCAUGGAGCGUGUGGUUUGUGUCUCACAUGCAAAAGUUCCCAUCGUGAAAAUCUGGGACCCGGAGUUGCGCCUGGCGUGUGACAUGAACGUGAACAACACCCUGGCCCUGGAAAAUACGCGCAUGAUUCGUACGUAUAUGGAAAUUGACGAGCGCAUACGACCGUUGGCGAUGAUUAUAAAACAUUGGACGAAACGAAGGAUCCUCAACGACGCUGGACUCGGAGGCACGCUCAGCUCCUACACCUGGAUAUGCUUGAUCAUCAACUUCCUUCAAACGCGAGACCCCCCGGUUCUGCCCAGUCUGCAGGCUCGCCCUCACGAGAAGAAGAUAUCAGCGGAAGGCUUCGUGUGUUCGUUCGACGACAAUCUCCGGAAUCUGACCGGGUACGGACGGAAGAACAAGCAGUCUUUGGGAGAUCUGCUGUUCCAAUUUUUUCGAUACUAUGGCCACGAGCUCGACUAUGAAAAAUACGUCAUCUCCGUCCGAGAGGCCAAAUUGAUUUCCAAGGAAGCCAAGGGCUGGCACCUGCUUAUGAACAAUCGCCUCUGCGUCGAGGAGCCGUUCAACACGUCCCGGAACCUGGGGAACACUGCCGAUGAUACGUCCUUCCGAGGCGUUCAUCUGGAAAUUCGUCGCGCGUUCAAGGCCGUGUCGGAGGGAAACCUGGAGCAUGCCUGCGAACAGUACGAAUAUCCCCCCGAGGAAGAGCGGUCAUGGGAGAGGCCCCAACCGCAACCGCGACCCAUCAUCGCGCCUCCGCCACCGUCGUCUCGGGGCGGCCGUGGAGGUGGCCGUGGCGGACGGCACUCGAAUCAGUACCAUCGCGGCGGCCAUGCCGGUGGUCGACGUUCGUCCAAUACUCCGAACAAGUCGAAUAAUUUUCGUCAGCCCAAUAGCGGCAUGAGUGCGUCCGAACUCUCCCUUCAGGCCCAGCAGGCACAAUACCUAUUACAUGACCACCUCUACCAACAAAUCCAGAUCCUCCAGGCCCAAGAGCAAGAACUGCGGUUGCAGCUGCAAAACCAGGCCCUUCUUACUGGAAGGCCUCCUCCCGUGCUGAUUCGCCAGCCCUUCAUGCAAUUCCCGAUGCCCCAGCAACAAGAAUCUACGGGUGACGAUACCUCUCGCACGAGAUCAGGAACGACGAACCAAAGUGCCCACACCACUCCCGUGCGCCAGCAGAUGUACUACGGUUCUCAGUACCUUCCGGUAGCCGUUACCAGUGUCCCGGGAAGUACGACAAACCCUCCGUCCCCCUCGGCUGCCGCUGCCAUGCCGGAUCUUCGUCGUACCCCCCGUCGGUCGUCCGUUGCGAAUGGUUCCCCAGGCGGGUCAUUGCGCGCGCACUCGCAGCCGGCACGGUCCGUGAACUCGCUUCCCACUUACGCCCCGAUCUAUUCCAUUGCGCAACAUGUAGAGGGUUCCCAGCAUUCCAAGUCGCGUAACGUCCCUGGCUCCCCCGACGACACACAAAGCGAGGAGGACAACCCUUUCAUGCCGAGCAGUCUGCCCAAUGGAUCCCGUGCCGCGUACUUUGAGGAGAACCGACCGGCCGAGUAUAUGGGAUACUAUCUGGCCACUUCUCCGCAAUUGCAAGCGUACCAUCAGAACGCCAUGCUGUCACCCUUGUCAGCACCGGUCGGGUUGGCGCUGCAGAAUGGCGGUGUCGUGCCGUUCGUCACGAAUCCUCAGGAAUACCUGUCGUCAAUGGCCCAACAUGAGGGGACCGGACUGUCACCGGAGACUGGCACGGCACAGAAUUCUCAGUCGAUUUCAACGCAACCCCGUACUACUUCACGGCAUGCUGCUUCCGCUGAUCGCGGCGGUCCCUUGAUUGUGGAUGGGUCGGUGCCGCCGAGCGAGCAUCGGACUUCGCUCUCGGUCGAGGGCUAUGAUCCUUACGCCACCAUGAGCCAUUGUACGUCAAAUUCCGAUGACCACAACACGGAUACGCCCGCCAGCGUCUCCGAUUCGUUCUCUCAAGAUCUUCAAGACAACAGCUCAGUGGAUAUCGACCAGCCGCCGUACUACGGGGGCCGAUCAGGAAUCGACAUUCAUAAGCCCGGCCACUCGGACGUCUUUGUGAACGGCCAUGGCGGCAAGCCAAGCCUGCUGUCAAGUCGAUUGCAGAACCUGCACCUCUCGAACAGCGAGAAUGCCUCCGAGCCCCCAACUUCGUCAAAGGCCGGUCCGGAGAAGCCAAGACCUGCCCACUCCCACCACGAACCCUCGGGCAAAGACAACUCGCGUCAGAGACCUUUUGGCGCCGGGGACAAAGGCACGUCCGGUCCUGGACCAUCAUCGGUGACUGAGUCGCAUCCGCCCUCAUCGUCCGGGAAACGCCGACCCAAUGGCGUCGAUUCCUCUGAGAAGUCGAAUGGUCACGGUCACGGUCACGGCCAUGGCCACAAACCACGGCCCAAGGGUCGCUCGGAUGCCUCCCACACCUCUGCUGGACCCGGCGAUAAUAAAGAACGGAAUAACCAUCAAUCGCGAAAGUCAAACGGCACGACUUCGACAGCACAAGACUCCCAUGCCACGCAUACCGGUGGCGGUUGGCAGACGACCAAGAAGAAACAUCGCAAGAAUGCCAAGUCUUCCAUGGACCAUCACCGACAAGGUGCCCACGCCGGUGCGGAGCCGCUUCCUGCGGACGAGUCCUUGAGAAAGGGCGGAUGA